CGGUACUCAAAAUGAUUUUGUUUGACAAACUUUCAAAAUCACCGACAAAAAAGAUUAUGAACGAAAACUGCAAAAUAUAAGUUCAUUGGCUCUUCUCUGUUCUCUCUGUGAGUAAACAGUGUACUUCAAAAAUAAACAAAAAACGUUGGCUAUAGUAGCUGCACGUACGGGUUAGCGGGCAGUUUUCUUACCGGCAAUAAUCGUGCAGGAGUGCAGAUCACAUAUACGUUUUCAUAAAGAAUCCAUCGUUGCAUUAUUUGGCAUUUUGAUAUCUGACAGUCGUUGUUAUACUAAGUAACUGAUUCAUCGAACACGAAAUGUUGCGAAAAAAGUAUUUGUAUAACAGAGACGGAGUGGUAUCUGAAAUAUUUCAAAAUGGCUCUGCAGAAAUAGAAUUCGAUUUGGAUGGUGCCCAGGAUUAUGCAUUUUUGAAAAAGGGUCGUUAUUAUCACGAUGGCAGGCUCGUACCAGAAAAUCUAUCAUUAUCAAAGUAUCUUCGAUUCGGUAUGAAGGUCAAAUUUUCAUGUCACGUGCUGGAUCGUACGGAUGAAGAGCAACUAGAUUCGUUUCAUCAUCAGCGAGCUUAUGGCUGGUUCACUAUAAUGUGUUGGGCAAACACAAAAAAUGUACAAAAUGUGCAAAUCUCUGUGACUCCUGGCCUCUUCUCAGUUUCCUGCAGCGUUGAAAGCGUGAAAAAACGGCAUGCAGUUAUGACGUCAUUUGAUACUUCAAACAAUGAGCAGAAGAUAGAGCUUUUGGCCAGUAAAUUUUAUGUCCAAGGCAAAAGAUUUCCUACUUCUAAAUCACUCUCCAGUGCUCUGAAUGUCGAUGACAAGUUGUUCAGCGACGCUGUGCCUUGCAUUGAGGAGGCGAGCAGGUUCGAUUGCAAGUGGUUUGCUACAUGUGCAUUCUUAGGAAAAAGGCCACGUCUUCCAAAGCCGUCGGACAUUUUCAACACUUUUUGUGCCAGUUAUUUUUCUGAUGACACUCAACCCCUCCUCGAUCGAGGCUGGAUUGGCGACAAUGACGAGAGCAGUGCUGACGUUUUUGAUCAAAUUGGACACCAUGCUGAAAUGAAGUCUCGGUUCAAAUCACAGCUGCCUAAACUCAUUACUCUGUACACGAGAAAUCCAUGUACCCUUUUUACCAGUGGUUAUGGUUUCAUUCUUGACGUCUUGAAUGACGAAUACGCCAUUCUGCUGGGAUGUUUCAAGCUAAAUGUUUUCCAAACGAUUUUGUUUCAUCGAGGAAGCGCUUUUCUCUUUAAGUCUUCGCUUGCAAGAUCUAAAUUAACGGAAAUAUUCGUCGAAGGUGAUCGUUUGCGCUUCAUUGCUGUAGGUGCGCCAGUGAACUUCCUUACCGAUUGGAUAGCAGUUCAAGUAUCAGCAGCCGAUUCGAUUCCUGAGAUUGAGGAAUCUUCUCAUUCAUAGACCAGAAAUACAGAACUCGUUACCGAAGGGGUAAAGAAAAGAAUUCCCCGUUCGUAACCAGGGAACUGUUUUUCAAGGAGAAACCUGUGAUAAUAUUAUAAGCAUAAAACUUAACAUUUAUCCACGAUUUCUUCCUAAACAAAAGAGUCCUUACCGAUCAAGACUGGUUAUAUAUUUAUUAUCCGUUAAUCGACCACAGAUCCAUGAUUCAUGAUUUACUUUGAAAUAAUGAGACGAAUCGAAAAAUUGAUAGUUCAGUCUUCUUUUAUUAAAAAUAUAUUGUUUUGCAAAUCUA